UUAAAGGUUUUGGACUUGGCCCUGAACCGCAUCCAGAGGAUGUCACCAAAAGCUUUUGUGGGACUUGAAGAGCUGCUGUUUCUCAACUUGUACAACAACAAACUAAAGAACAUUCAGGAUGGGACCUUUGCGCCGCUGAGUGGUCUUGAGAUGUUGGUGCUUGACAACAAUUUGCUCUCCACGCUUGCGUCAUCUAUGCUAGACGGUCUUUCCAACCUGCAGCGGCUCUAUUUAAGAAAAAAUCUGAUUGCGAGCCUGCCAGCUGACGUGUUUCGCCACACGCCUAAACUUACUCACCUGGUCUUGAGUGGAAAUCAACUUCAUACCAUUGAUGGCAACAUGCUUGCUAACAUGCAAGGAUUGAAGGAGGUGUCUCUCUUUGACAACCCAUGGAAUUGUGACUGCAGUAUCAACUCGCUGGUGCAUUACAUAGAGCAGAAUGCUAAACAUUCUCCUCUGCAAAAACUUCGGUGUGUUAGUCCAGAGGAGGUUCGUGAUAGGCCAAUUCACCAGCUGAAAUCGGAUGACCUUCCCUGCAGGGCCUAAAAAAUCCUCACAUCUCAUAUAUUGUCACGAACGACCUCCAAAAGUUGGGAGCACAGCAUAAUAUCAGCGUGAUCUUUUCUGAAAUGGAAAGGUGAUACUUCACAUAACUCCAGACAUAAUGAAUAUGACAGGUUAAUGAUAGUGGUGCUGUUCUGCAGAUAAGCAUCAUUUUUACCCACCACUCGACUAUUUUCAGGCCACCUGGAGAGGCUCUCAACAGAAUAUUUUAUAAAACUAAUGCUGGG